UAAUAUGCUCUCUCGAGUGAAAUCUGCCGUGGCCAAUUUCAUGGGCGGCAUCAUGGCUGGCAGCUCAGGCUCCGAGCACAGCGGCGGCGGCUGUGGAGGCUCGGACCUGCCCCUGCGCUUCCCCUACGGGCGGCCGGAGUUCCUGGGGCUGUCUCAGGACGAGGUGGAGUGCAGCGCCGACCACAUCGCCCGCCCCAUCCUCAUCCUCAAGGAGACCCGGCGGCUGCCCUGGGCCACUGGCUACGCAGAGGUUAUCAAUGCUGGGAAGAGCACACAUAAUGAAGACCAAGCCAGCUGUGAGGUCCUCACUGUGAAGAAGAAAGCAGGGGCCAUUACCUCAACCCCGAACAGGAACUCGGCUAAGAGACGGUCCUCCCUUCCCAAUGGGGAGGGGCUGCAACUGAAGGAGAACUCGGAAUCAGAAGGCGUUUCCUGUCACUACUGGUCGCUGUUUGACGGUCACGCAGGGUCCGGGGCCGCCGUGGUGGCCUCCCGCCUGCUGCAGCACCACGUCACGGAGCAGCUGCAGGACAUCGUGGAGAUUCUCAAGAACUCUGCCGUCCUGCCGCCCACCUGCCUGGGCGAGGAGCCUGAGAACACGCCCGUCAACAGCCGGACUCUGACCCGCGCCGCCUCGCUCCGCGGAGGCGUGGGGGCGCCGGGCUCCCCCAGCACCCCACCCACGCGCUUCUUCACCGAGAAGAAGAUUCCGCACGAGUGCCUGGUCAUCGGGGCUCUGGAAAGUGCGUUCAAGGAAAUGGACCUACAAAUAGAACGAGAGAGGAGUUCAUAUAAUAUAUCUGGUGGCUGCACGGCGCUCAUUGUGGUUUGCCUUUUGGGGAAGCUGUAUGUGGCAAAUGCUGGGGAUAGCAGGGCCAUAAUCAUCAGAAAUGGAGAAAUCAUCCCCAUGUCUUCAGAAUUUACCCCCGAGACUGAGCGCCAGCGACUUCAGUACCUGGCAUUCAUGCAGCCUCACUUGCUGGGAAAUGAGUUCACACAUUUGGAGUUUCCAAGGAGAGUACAGAGAAAGGAACUUGGAAAGAAGAUGCUCUACAGGGACUUUAAUAUGACAGGCUGGGCAUACAAAACCAUUGAGGAUGAUGACUUGAAGUUUCCCCUUAUAUAUGGAGAAGGCAAGAAGGCCCGAGUAAUGGCAACAAUUGGAGUGACCAGGGGACUUGGGGACCAUGACCUGAAGGUGCAUGACUCCAACAUCUACAUAAAACCAUUCCUGUCUUCAGCUCCAGAGGUAAGAGUCUACGAUCUCUCCAAAUAUGAGCAUGGAUCAGAUGAUGUGCUGAUCUUGGCCACUGAUGGACUCUGGGAUGUUUUAUCAAAUGAAGAAGUGGCAGAAGCCAUCACUCAGUUUCUUCCUAACUGUGAUCCAGAUGACCCUCACAGGUACACAUUGGCAGCUCAGGACCUGGUGAUGCGUGCCCGUGGUGUCCUGAAGGACAGAGGAUGGCGGAUAUCUAAUGACCGACUGGGCUCAGGAGACGACAUUUCUGUAUAUGUCAUUCCUUUAAUACAUGGGAACAAACUUUCAUGAAAACAGCCCGGGGCAUCGGGAGGACAGCAGGGGAGAAAGCUGGGAUACCUCUUAGCAGGGCAGGACUGGGACGUGCCCCCGCAGAGUUCCAGGGGAUGCAACCUCUUCCCAGCCCAGGUGGGGAGUUUGCUGCUGAAAGGCCUCUGGCUGUACUUCUGGGGGACCCUUAGAUUUCAGUUUCCUCUUCAGUAACAGGUCUGGAUACUCAACCAGAGCAAAACAUAAAGGCUGCUACUGAGUGUUGUGUUUCUUUUGGUUCCUUUAAUAGGCCUCCUGGGUGGCCAUUGCCUAUUUUGGGCACACACAUAUUUAUUUGGAGUAGCUGGGCAGCCAUUUUCAGGUGUAACUGGCAGAAGACUCUUCGGCCUGUCAAGCUGCCAGCUUCUCUACGGGUUAAAAGUGCUGCAUUGGAAAGUUGGGGAUCAUGCCUCAGAAAGUGUAAGCACCCACCUCCUAGUAAGCCUGAGAUUUAUUUCAGGGAACACCAUCUUUGUGUGUGUGUGUGUGUCUGUCUGUCUCUCUUUUCAUUCUUUCAUGGUUAUGGUGGGGUGAGGCAGGGAUUUUUUCUUUUCAAUAUUCUUUGAAUCUUAAUUGUUUCCCUUUCAUAAAACAGGCCUGGGACUUUCCAUCUCCUUGCUGAGGAAUUUGUGUGUCAAAGUCCAGCCCAGGCCGUCCCCAUAUCCUGUAGCCCACACCACCCAGGCAGCCUUCUGGAGCCGUGCCCUGGCUGACAGAGUACUGUCUUUGUUGUGUAACAGUUUGUUCCUGAGUUGCAUUUUCUCACCAAAUCAGUGUGUUUUCAUGAAAAUAUGGGUGUUUCUUUGGACCAACAGUUCCUCAGUUGUUUUCAAGGGUCCCCCUUUUGUGGCUUGAGAUUUCUCUGAGAACCCAGGUUUUCAUUUCUGGAAUGGUUGGCCCUCCCCACCUGCUGUGCCAUGGGGACAUACGUAAAGCAGUGUUGAAGAGAUCAGAACAGGAAGCUCCAUGUAUCAGUCAGGUCACCAUACCUCAUAUGAAGACCAUCCCUCCAUUUUGGAUCCAGGUUCCAGGGGCUAUGAUUGUCCCCAAGGCCACUCCACAUCAGUACGUAUCCGUGUACUGUCAGGGAGCAGCAGUCCUGCUCUCCCCCUCAUCUUCAGGCAAGGCCCACUCAGAAUAGCCAUCUGAUUAAAGUGAAUUUGAAUUGGGUUGACUGGUCAUUCUCCUGCUGUGCCCCCCAUUCCUUCCCCAGCCACCCAACAGCUGCAACCCCAGUUCCCAUUGUAGCUCCACUUCUGAGCGUUCCUCACAAGAGCUGUAGAAGCAGUGGACACCAAAUCUCCCUGUUGCUUCUCUAUCAAGAGGAAUCACAAAAUAGGUUUUUAGAAAUCACUUCUAUCUCUUGGGCAGACUAUUGCUCUGCACCGGAGGACCUUGUAGAGCAAUGUCCAAUUACUGAGUCUUCUUCCUGCACACCUCCUGUGGUUUCAUCACCAUCCUGACAGUUUUGUGUAAUUUAAACAUUCUUCCCACCCAGUAAAGAACAAUGUUGGUGAUGUGAUUCCCAAAACUGCUGGAGAGCCAGUUCCAGUUCACGUGUCUGCUGGGUCCCUUCCCCAGAGGAGAGGAGACGAGAGGAACCUUUCCUCCAGGACAGUUCGUCACCUUCCUGGAGUUGUAGAUAUUCCAGUAGGAAAGGCCUGGAGCCUCUCUACUCAGGAAUGAAUUCAUUCCACGCUGUGGAAAUGAUGCCCUGUCUGGUAGGUAAAGUACUUGGGGAUUUACCCACCAGCUGUUUGCCAAAAUGUUGCCUGGGAAGAAUUGGACUACUGCCUUGUCAGGGGUCAUCUUCAUCUGACGGCUUGUCUCCUCCUCCAGGAGAUCUGAGCAACCCCAGAUGGCUCUUUGGGGACCAAUCUGUGGGAAGCCAUUUGCUCCUCUGGCAGAAUAAGAUGCUGUGGGACAAUGUGCAGGCAUCUCCCACAGUGUGGUUCCACCUUCUGUCCCUGCCCUGACUCCAAAGUCAGGUACAACGGGAAAACGAGAAAGUUUUUUUUUUUUUUUUUGAAAGAUUUUAUUUAUUUGACAGGGACAGAGAUAGCGAGAGCA